GCUUUGCUCGGUGUUUGCUAUUGGCGAAUCGUGCUCGGUGCUGGUUAGCGUCAAGGUUUUGGAUUCGGAUUUUUCGUAACUUCAACUUGUACUUACUACUUUGUAGACUUACUUAGUUGUCUGUUGUACGCGUAUUGUCAGUCGAUGAGUGUUGAGUUCGCUGAUAAUAAUAUUAAUAAAAAUAGUCAUAACGUAAUGAUAAUCAACAAAUUAAAACUGUACUAGAUCGUUUAGCCAUAUAAAUUGGGAUGUGUGUUUGUGAAAGUUACAAACGUUCAAUAUCCAUUUCGUUUUAUUCAUGUAGUUAGUUAGUACUAUGUCGUUUCACGUAAUAUUAGGUACCGCCACAUAAAUAUUAUUGUGAUGCGACUGCUAUAUGAAUGUAAAGUCGGGAAUCACUAUGUUCGAAGCGGGAUAAAAUCAACGAGUUUGUGAUCAUCAAUUAGAAUGCAAGACGAGUGUUUGGAGGACUCAAGGAGGAACUUCGAAGGGAGGAGGCCCACGACCGUGUUUCAGAUAGCUGAGAGUUUUACGAACCUGGAUGAGACAGCCAGGACUGGUCGGUAUGUGCGAGGGCCACAUUCGAGGUUUGGGAAACGAUAUGAGAAUGGCGGUCGAAGUAGACGGUGUUGUGAUGAUGAUUGUGCGGAGUCCAGUGCUAGUGAUUGUGAUAGACUCGGUGAUAAGCGAGUGACUGGAUCCUCAUGUGCAGCGCUGAGAGUGGCAGUCAAUGCACUGUACCCCUUUGAUGACUUCAUCCUGGAGAAAAUUGGAACUGGAUUCUUCUCUGAAGUUUUUAAAGUGACCCACAAGACAUCCAGCAAGGUGAUGGUGCUGAAGAUGAACCAGCAGCGCGCCAACCGUCCUAACAUGCUGCGGGAGGUGCAGCUCAUGAACAAGUUGAAGCAUCCUAACAUUUUGGGAUAUAUGGGUGCCUGCGUGCACGAGGGUCAACUACAUGCGCUAACGGAGUUUAUGGAGGGCGGGUCCUUGGAACAGCUCAUCCUUGGAAGACCGCCGGAGCCCCUGCCACAGCCACUCAGGGUCUCCUUAGCUGCUGACAUGGCUGAGGGCAUGAAGUACCUGCAUUCUCUUGGAGUUUUCCACAGAGACCUUACUGCUAAGAAUGUAUUACUAAGAAAGAGCUCAGAUGGAGAAUAUACAGCGGUCGUAGCAGAUUUUGGUCUAGCAGCAAAAAUACCUCAUCCAAUGAACGGCUAUCGGUUGCCCAGUGUUGGGUCACCAUGGUGGAUGUCCCCAGAGUGCUUGCGAGGUCGGUGGUACGAUCAUCGCUCGGAUAUAUUCUCGUAUGGAAUCAUUUUGUGCCAACUCAUUGCAAGGGUGGACGCUGACCCCGACGUGUUGCCUCGCACAGACAACUUCGGACUCAACUACAUGGCCUUCGUGGAGCUGUGCCAGGUGGACACCGUGCCUGACUUCCUGCGCCUCGCGUUCAACUGCUGCAUCUACGAGCCUAAAGCGCGUCCACUAUUCCCCGAGAUAGUGAGCAAGCUGAGCGAGAUCAAGGAGGGUCUUGAUGACACAGCCUGGGGCUGCCACACUCCCAACAACUCGUACGACAGUGAGGAAGCGGACUCGUCCGGCCCGGGUUCUUGUCCGGCGUUCGGGUCGGCGUGGCGCCGCCCGCAGCGGAUGCGCUCGGAAGGCAGUCCGCACGCACAUCGCGAUCACAAGAACCCAGUGCACCGGCGCUCGCUGUCCGAGCUGGAGUGGUCGUGGCAGUCGGCGGCGGGCGCCCCCCCUCCCCCGCACCGGUCGGCGUGCGCGCUGGCGCCGGGCCCGCCCGCUCCGCCGCGGCUGGCCCGCCUGCACCGGCUGGCUCACAUCAUGCUGCUGCGGGACACGCACGCCGCGCCGCGCCCCGCCCGCCGCGCGCUGCACACCUUCCGCGGCGUGCACAAGAUCCUGGAGCCCGCGCCGCGCCGCCCGCCCCGCUGCUCCAGCGGCGACCCGCCCGUCCUCUUCGCGACCGACUCGGACGAGCCGCGCUCGUCCUCGCUCCCGCCCUCGCCCGUCUUCUCGCGGAGGUAUCCUCCGAAGCUCGACUACAAGAGCGACUCCGUGGAACUGCGACGACGCGGUUCCUGCGAGAGCGGGAUAUUCUCCGUCGCCAACGAGGACUUCUGCGGACAUCCCAGCUACGGGGCGAUGUGCCCCUGCUCGUUGAUGGGCUGCCACAGGUGCUGGUGGUGGAGAAGGGACUCUAGUGACCGAUCGCUCGACGAAUUCGACGAUCAGCCCCAACUGAGAGUGUGCACGGACUGUCUCGUCGUGUACGAGAGACUGCUGCGACGGCGUCCCGCGAUGGUGCCGGACGACUCCGCGUUGUCGACGACGGUCAGCUCGUUGCGAAGCCUGGACGACGAGGAAUCGGCGAAAGAACCGACCGACUCCUCGCCGUUCCUCUGCGGCUUGCUCGAUACCGAAGCGGAACCGGAGAGAGAGUACCACAUCUUGACGAAGUGCUGCUGCGUUGGCCGGGCCAAAUGCGCGAGCGGCUGCGUCUCCCAUCGCCCUCUGGACGAGGAGGAGUUGAGCCGGGUCCUCCCGCGGUCGCUCGGCGCGUUUCCCUCCCAUCUGUUGUCGACCUGCAAGCGCACCUCCAGCGUGUACACCGACAGCUCCGAGGACGUGGCGUCUCUCGGUUCCGACAGCCUCUACGACGACAGAAUACCGCGCCACGUGCGCUCGGCGCAGAUAUCCAAAAUCGUCGAGUACUUCGAAAGAAAAGGCGCCGACUUCAAAUGUGACAAAAAGGGCCAACGAUUGAAAAUGGGCAAUCUGGGCGGGAAAGUGGAAAUGUUGCAAUUCGGGAAAGGGGAGAAGAGUGAGAAGGAGUAUUUCGUCGAUGUGAAGCACAGAGGUGGGAACAGUAGUCGAAUGGAGGUUGUCGGGGAGGAGGGGUGCGGGAGAAAAUGUGUGGCGCAGCGACUGAUGAUAUGUGAGGGAGCCGUCAAGUCGAAACUGCCCUUGUUUGAUAAGAAGUCAUAGCGUAAGGUUUACGAAGUCGAUCGGCCUUAUCAUUGAUCGGGAGAAACGUCUGGAGCUAUACUAAUUUCACGUUAGCUUAACUCGUCUUUUGAUUAUUUCUUUUAAUAAAGUAAUGUAUAGCGAUGAAUUCUCCCCUUUCGUGAUAAUCCGAAUCGACUUUGGGUCGUGUCAAAUUGUUCAGUGACUUCCAUACUAUAGUAAAACAGUUAAAGAUAUUUAUAUUCGCGACAUAUUAUAAUAUAUAAACAGAAUGAGCAAUAUUAUUCUUACAUUUUAAGCAUAUUUAGUAUGUGCAAGGCUAGUGCCAAUACUUAAAUAAACUUGUUAGUGACAAUACAAAAAUAUAUUUUUGUUCAAGGACUGUAAAGCAUUUGUCCGCUUCAUACAAAGUUGUUAAAAGAUUUUAUAUUUUUUUUAAUGUUAACCCAUAGAUGUUAGCUAGGUACAGUACCAAGUUCAGGUAACUGAGGUAAGCGGCCUUGAGUGACUUAUUACAACAAUAAUCGCAUAUGGAUUAUAAUAUAUGAACUGGGUCUCUAAUAAGUUGGUUAUAAGGUGAAUACUCAAUGGCCCCAAAUAUAACAUCUACAAUGUAGACCUGCCUUUAUAGUAUCCAAUAUGAUUUAAACUACAAAAGUCAGUUUGGUUUGGUUUCCGUUGAACCUUUAAAAUAUUUUAUUAUUUUUUUAAUAAAAUCAGUAUUCUAAAGUAUUAAUAUCUUUAAUAUUGCAAUUUUUACCUGCAGUACAUAUUUAUAUGAAGCGGACAGUAUCCAUGGUUCACACAUCCCUGGGUCAUUUAAAUCUGAAUUAUUACGGUGCCGAAAACUGCACUCAUUUCUAUUUCAAGUGAAUGAGGUAUUCUUUAAAACACGUAAUAGUGAAAAAAAAGUUUGUGUAAAAUGGUUUUGUAUUGCCAAAUUGACUCGAUAGGGACACUCUGUGCAUCAUUUGUUUGACUGAGUAAACUAAGCAUUUCUUUAUGUACUGAGAUUAUGAAAGGUUGUAGAUAGUUAUAGGAUAUUUCGCAAACUAUAGAUUGUAUAUGGUUAUACAUCAACAUCUUAAUAAAUCAUAUACAAUAUAACGGAGAUAAAAGACUGGAACAACAAAAUCUGAUAAAUAAAAGUCAAACUGUUUUAUAAAUGCUUACAUCAAUUGUGUUCUGGUUAUUAAUAUUAAUGAAUAAAUUGGUUUCAAAUAAAGCGUAGUUUGUAAAGCAUUUUGAUCACUGCAUUAAUAAUAGAUGUUUUCUAUUAUAAAUUCGACUUUAAACAAUUUUUGUUUUGUGUAUUUUUUGUAUUGUUUGUUAAGUCUCUUCUGUUCUCUGCAUUCGACCAUACAUAAACUAUAGUUUGCUCUAUUUGUACGUAUAGGAUUGUUAUAAUAUAAAACUGCAAGUGUUAGUAAUGUCACAUCAAUAACAGUAUAGCGGUCAAGCCAGAUUGAGCAUUCUUGCUUAGACGGUAUGGUUUCUAAUUGACUUUUGCAUAACUGCUGACCUUCCCAUAGUAUUAAUAUACAUCUGCGAAAUAAUUUUGAUCAUUGAUGUCACUGGAUUUAGUUAAAGUGCAAGAAUUCCGUUGCGAGUACUACACUGGGACAGGGGAUUCGGGACCUUAUGUUUGACAUAAGUACCUAAUGUGAUGUAUGAAAGUAAAGGGUAGUGUCAAAGGUUUAGUAAACAAAGAGUAGAAAAAGUCUGCUAUUAAGUUAUAUGGAAACUGAUUUAAUUGUUGUGCAAUUAUAUCUUUUGUAUAUUGACUGUUUAGUAUUUUAUAAAACAUAUUUCUUAUUUUUUUAUGAGAUGUGUUACGUAUUCAUUUUUUCUUUACUUACAUUUAUUUUUAUUUUAUAAAAUAAAAUAAAUUAACUAGAUUCUUUUCAGUUCUUUCUUUUAAAAUAUAUUAUGUUGGUCUGUAUUAAUAUAAUACUGCUGUCAGCUGGUUGUUCAUCUAACAGGGACUAUAUACACGGGUUCUCGACGCCUCUUAACUGGGCGCUAGCCACAAUAAAAUAUGACAGGAUGUCACGUUAUUUUUUUUAAAGCUACCGUCACUCUCGUACAUUGUCUUAGUUAUGUUUCUAAGUAUUUAAUUUCAUAUCGGCGGAACCGGGUUGAAUGAAAGGUGAAGGCUUAACCGGGCAGUACCCGGCAACCAGCAUACAAUAGUUAUUUAUGCAACUGUUGUGUAAUAAGGGGUAUUAAAACACAAAUGUGGGUUUAAUUUUUUAAUUGUAUCACAUGAGUGUUUUAAUAACAAUCAACAGUUGCAUACAAGACUUUAUCUACACCCCGAAUAUGAAUCUCUAAAAGAUUCUGAAACAGUUAGCUUACUGCUAACUUUAAAACAGUCAGUCCUAGAAGUAACCUAAUAUUAUCCAUUAUAUUACUGAUUAUAUACAAAUAAACUAAGUAUUAAUGAAAGAAUUAUUUAUUUUGAGUAGUAAUUUACAUUUUGUAUAGUGCAAUUAUUAGAAUUCACUUGAAUAUUAUGUUCUUUUGCACUGUUUAAAAUAUCCGGCGGUGUGCUGUCAAAACUCAAUCGCUCAUUUAUUUCAAGAAAAAUGGCGGGAAUUCGAAUAACCUACUUUUUUUACGGUUCGCGACGUUCUGGUAGUGUGGAACGCGCGUAAACGAAAAGGUUCUUUUUUUGAAAUUAUUCAAUUAUUAUAUAAAUUAAAUUAUUUCAUGUGGCCGUCUAUUGAAACUCUUUGCGCAUGAAGUGAUCGAAAGAAAACAAAGGAGUGUUGUUAUGAAAUUCAGUACAACAUUACAACACUCGUUUGCAUGAUGUAAUGGUUAUUAGGACAUUGGGUGUUUUAAUGUUGGCAAUAAGCUAACUGUUUUAGAAUCUGUGAUAGAGGAUUUAAAGCAUGGGUGUAGAUAAAGGCGUUUGUAGCACGUUUGCACUAAAUGCAAAACAAAUUCAUGUACACGAUUUUACCUCCAACCAAGUUUCGCUUUCCGCUCAAAAGCCGUGCCUGUACUUUGAUGGCAUGAACUCUGAACAAAACAUCAUUCUUAGAAUUUUUGGUAAUUUUUCUCCUGCUCCCAGUGUAGGUACCUACCAAAGUCAUGUUACUUAACAAGACUUUUGAAUUAAACAAGAUCUAUAAUUAUACAAAUGAUUUAAGUUUUCUUUAGUGUUAAUUCCGCCAAUAAUUGUUUUUUGAACAAUUCGACACGUGUUUCUCCCCUACACGAGGCAUCCUCAGGACGUGUUGUCUCGCCAAAAUCUGGCACGAGACUAGAUCAAAAUAAUAACUAAAUCAUUUGUAUAAUUAUGGAUUUCCGCAAUUUUUCUGAGAUCUAUAAUCACAUACCGACACCGAGCACCUAACAAUUGUGUUCCUUCCAAUGUUAUGUAAGUUGUGAUUCAUUGAUGCAUGUACAGAUUAUAUCUAGAUGUCGGUUAACUUUAAUUUAUAAGCAGUAUUACUUUAUAACUUGCCAGUUCAUCGUGUAUAUAUGUUUCUUAAGUUCAUCAGAAUCGUGUGGCAACAGCACUGAUUUUCUGAAUGUAUAAUUUAUUUUUUGUUUAAGUUGAAGAUAAUUUUAUUUUAGAGAGCUUUAUCGGCAAAGGUUUUUCAUAUUUCGUGUAUAGUUUUCUUCCGUUCGUAUUUAGAAACGUUCUCGUGGCAGAUGCAAUAAGUCAGGAUAUGUGACAUUAAUGUUGGUUUAUAUAUCGUUGGCCCAUCCAGCGCGGCCUACCAUCAAAUGAGUCCCGCGAAUGUAACGUCGUCUUAACUAAUUAUUGCGAAUUCGUCCUAAAAUACUUAUGGAAGUUAUACAUAAUAUAUAUAAAUGGUGUUGCCUAGUCUAACACGCGAUACCAUAGUCCAUGGUAAAUAGAGAUAUAUAAUAUAAGAUAAUCAUAUAAUGUUAGUUAUGUAUAAGUUUAUAGUUUUCAUGAACCGGGCAUCACCUAUAAGAUAUAUUUUUAUGUAGCAUAGGAAGACUUUUUCUUUUUUUUUAUUAUUCUUAUUUCUUAAUAACAAACGUACAAACAUAUUGUGUCAAAAUAUUUUUUUAUCCGACCAAAAUUUAUCGUUUAAUCAUCAAUCAAAUUAUUUUUAUUUUGACUGUCAACUGCGAUUGUAUAUUUUUUGUAAAUAAGUCGUCUAAAGCUAUUUAUAUUUACUACAACUCCUCUAUGUUACGAUAACUUUAGUAUAUCGACUAAUUUUAACAUUGGGGUGUUAUAUAUUAUGGUAGAUAAACAAUAAUUAUCCCUUAUUUAAAAGAGCAUGAGUUAUGAAGGCAAUAACUAAAAAUAUACAAUUGUUGCGUAAUAAAACGAUAAUUUCAAGAAACAACAAGCAGAAGCAGUAAUGUGUAAACAUUACUGUGUUUCGGUCUAAAGCUAGUGAAAUUACUGGGCAAAUGAGAUUUAACAUCUUGUCUCAAGGUGACGAGCGCAAUUCUAGUGCCGCUCAGAAUUUUUGGUUAAAAGAAUCCUGAUCGGCACCGCAUUGUAAUGGGUAGAGCGUAUCAUUUACCAUUAUCUGAACGUCCUACUCGUCUCGUCUCUUAUUUUCAUUAAAAAAAGCAACAUUUUAAGAUUUAAAUGUAUGUCGUAAAUAGAAAAUUGUAUUCACUCGAAGAGUGAAUUUUUCAAACGUUUCCGAGUGCCAAAAGAAUAAAAUAAUAAUCAACACAUAAACGAAUGCUUCUAUUUAUCAUAUUAUAUUUUUAAACGAAAUUUAUGUGUGGCAUAAUAAACAAAUUAUUUAUAACUUAAGGUCUAGUCUAAUUAUAAAAUUUUGUUAAAAAACUGCUUGGUAUACAUAUUAUUGUUGUUUUAAAUAAAUUCUACCAGCGGAAUGGUUCUACAAUAUACAUAAAUAUUUGAUAUUAGAUAAUUUUUAGUACUUACCUAUUCUUAAAUGAAUACUUCCGAAACAGGCCUGCUGUGUAAGAGUUCCUGUUUUAUAUCUCAACUUUUAAAUCGGAACUCUUUGUAUCAAAACAAUUCGUUGCCUGUAACGUUAGACACCGAACACUGACGAUAUACUAGAGUAUACACGACCUGACAGUUCGACAAAGCGUGACCGAUUUUAAUUUUUCAAUGUGUGCGUUGGCUAGUUAAUGCCACUUUGUUCGUCUAUACGAUAGUAUAUGAUAUAAAUUAUCGGUAGUGCAAUUGAAUUGUCGAUACGUAGGUCGACACUACUUUUGAAUCAUUCACGAAAAUUGUGUGCACGCUUAGAUCAUUUCUAAGUGUAGAUAAACUUGUGGCAGCUGUUAAAACUAGUGAAAUUACUGGGCAAAUGAGACUUGACAACUUAUGUUUCAAGGUGACGACCGCAAUUAUAGUGCCGCUCAGGAUUUUUUGGGUUUUUUCAAUAAUCCUGAGCGGCACUGCAUUGUAAUGGGCAGGUCGUAUCAAUUACCAUCAUCUGAACGUCCUGCUCGUCUCGUCCCUUAUUUUCAUAAAAUAAACAAAACGUCGAAAAAUAUGUGUUAUAUUAUAUAUUUGUAUUAGACAAUCGCGAGUGUAAGACGUAGCUUGUCCCACACAAUAAACUAAUAAACCUAGCCUGUUUUCAUCGGUUGUCAAUUGUUCAGUUCAGGUUGACAGUUGUGUUCAAGAGGCUCUAUCUUGUCGUAUAAAUUAUCUAAGUGUGCACGAUAUAUAUUUGAUCACACGAUUUCUACGAAUUGGUGUAACGUUGUUACACACACGUGUUACAGGCGACGAACAUACUAUUUCUUUAGUCGUCCACUGUAACGCUUUUACAAUCUUAUAUAGUCAAUUAUAUGUAUGUCUCGAUUUUUAGACAAUAUACAAUAGGCAAUAAUAUAUACCCAUUUUUACGAUAGCUAUGGUUGAUAAGAAACUAAAUUAAAAGCGAAGUUUAAACGCUUGUUCUCAUUUGAGUCAAUUAUUAUACGGCCACAUUAUCUCUGGACCUCGCUGGAACAUAAGUCCUCUCCCGUUCCCCUUUCCCCCCGUCGCGCUCGUCCUGUUGCGGCAGUACGGUUUGCAGUUGAAUAACUGUUGUAUGUGUAAUUUUCGUGCUAUCGCUGCUUUGUUUUUGAAGUAUUCACUGUUACGUUUCGACUUUUGUUUUUAAUAGUUCUGGGGCCACCCAGUACCUAUUUGUUUGACCUGACAGAACAGUUAUAGUCAUAUCAUAUAAUAAUUAUAUUAAUAAUCAGCAUCACAACACUAUUAAAUCAACCAAUAAUACAGAUAAAAUAAAUCAUUGUUUAUUUAUUAAUAAUAUUAUUCUAGUGAUGCUUGUUUUGCACACUGUACCGACUAUAUUAUGACGUCAUCGCCGCUAUGUCCCGAGACAAUGUACGUAGCUGAUGUUCACGUAAUAACUUGAAGUUUUGUGAGGUCCUUCAAGCUACCGUUGAUGGCAUAGUUAUCGGCAGUUUUAUACUCCUCUUGGUUGUACCUAAAAGGGUGUCAUGGAGCCCUGAGAAAAAACUGCGGUAGAGAUGUCAUGGUUUAUCUUCACGACCUAAUAAUUGAAAUGUAGCCAUUGACGUGCUAUAAACAACUAGACUCCCAAUCGCCUAUUAAAAGGUCGUCAAAAAAUUUCCGAGUGGGGUUGUAUUCAUUGACUUAUACAGAUAUCAUAAAACAUUCGUUCAAAUUAUCACCUUAUUACGUGGCAGAUACUUCGAACAUUAGUUCAAAGUAUAUUAUUGUAUACGCUCAUUAGAAGUAGUAAGUAAGAAAAGUGAUUAUUUAGCAAAAUCAUUGAAAAAGUCAAAUAAUUUACAUAAUUUUGUUAAUUUUAAGGGGCACUGAAGUACGACACUCUAUCCUUUUUAAGUUUGGAUACGCUAUUAUUUGGACAAUUGUUCACUGAAUACUUUGUCAUUGCGUGGCCUUGUUUUCAAAGUGCGGUCGAAACAUAACACAACGAAAACUGCUUAAUAGACGCGUAGGCUGAGUUUUACUUUCAGACAAUCUUUGAGCGUUAUUGCGAGUCUAAUUGUUGAUAGUACAUCAACUUGUAAUUGUUUUCUGAAGACCAUAAUAUUCGGUUUUGUUUGUAUGUGAAUGUUACUUAAUAUGUUCAUUUUCAUAUUGUAUACCAUUAAAUUGAUGUUAAUUCAACAUAGAAAGAUUAACCUAUUGUUAUCGUAUAACAGUACGAUAGUGCCUGUGAAACUAAUAAUUGUAAUGUCGCAAACACACAGCCUUUACAAGUUUUCAAAAACAUCAAAUUUCAGUUUACGAUAAAGCAUAUCAGAUGAGUGUUAGGUUUAAUUAUUUUGUAAUUAACUUAGAAGUAUACGCUCGAAAGGUGCGACUACACGAGAUAAUUUUUUUCAAGAAACAUUUGUAUAUUAUACUUUACAUUUUCAUAAAAUAAAAAUAUAAUGGAAUAAAAAACCUAUGUCAGAUGUGAGGUUCGGACCUAUUCUCCCUCUCGGGAACCAGAGCUUAAAAUCUGGCCAAACUGACUUAAAAGCAGUAGUUGAAGGAGUUCAACUUGAGAACAGUAGUAGAUGAUGAACUUACCAAUAAAAAAAUCGUGUGUUGGUUGUAUCUAGUAAAGCCAUGCGGUGUUGAGUUAGUCCCGGCACUAGACUUCUCUGUUAUAUUAUUAUAUUUGUUCGGUCCUAAAUGUUAUUUGUGUCGAUAAAGUAGCAAAACCGUUAGAGUCGAAUAUAAUUAUUGAAACUGAACAUACAGUCACUUCAGAAGAUAGUAUUAUCUCGUGUAUUUGCGAUGUGUUCGUGUUAGUUAAGCUAUAAUAUAGUUAAUAUAGAUAACGUUCCUUGUUGAGGGCACUAACGUGGAGUUACGUUUUUUUUAAGGUUGUGUCAAGCUCGGGCUAGCAAUAGACUAAGAGCCAAUAGCCCGGACGGUUUAUUAUUGUAAAAUGAAAGAUGUUGAAAUAUAAACUAUUUUUAACGAAUAAAA